GCGGCACGGCGCAGGCGCGGGGCCGCUGCGCCGCCCGCAGCGUAAACAAGGGGCCGGCGGGGAUGAGGAGGCCGUGGGUGUGCGGCGGAGGCCGGGGCCGCCGCCGCUGAGGAGUGUUGCCUGCCGGAGGCGUUUCCCCCUCCCCCGCCGGACGGGGGUGGUGAAGGUCGUCUCGCCAUGAACUUGGCCAGUCAGAGCGGCGACGCCGGUAGCGGCCAUCUGCUCUUCGCCAACUUCAACCAGGACAACACAUCUCUGGCAGUUGGCAGUAAAUCAGGCUACAAAUUCUUCUCUCUUUCUUCUGUGGACAAAUUAGAGCAGAUCUAUGAAUGCACUGACACAGAAGAUGUGUGCAUUGUGGAGAGGCUAUUCUCCAGUAGUCUGGUGGCCAUAGUUAGCCUUAAAGCUCCACGCAAGCUGAAAGUUUGUCACUUUAAGAAGGGGACAGAGAUUUGCAACUACAGUUAUUCCAACACCAUCUUGGCUGUCAAACUCAAUAGACAGAGGCUGAUAGUAUGUCUGGAAGAGUCUCUUUAUAUUCACAACAUACGAGACAUGAAGGUAUUACAUACAAUCAGGGAGACGCCUCCCAAUCCUGCAGGGUUGUGUGCUUUAUCAAUAAACAAUGAUAACUGCUACCUGGCCUAUCCAGGAAGUGCAACGAUUGGAGAAGUACAAGUCUUUGACACCAUCAAUCUGAGAGCUGCUAAUAUGAUCCCAGCUCAUGAUAGUCCCUUGGCUGCUUUGGCAUUUGACGCAAGUGGUACUAAACUUGCCACUGCAUCUGAAAAGGGGACGGUAAUAAGAGUGUUUUCCAUUCCAGAGGGACAGAAACUCUUUGAAUUCCGAAGGGGAGUGAAGAGGUGUGUGAGCAUCUGUUCGUUGGCUUUCAGCAUGGAUGGCAUGUUUCUGUCUGCAUCCAGUAACACAGAGACAGUGCAUAUCUUCAAACUUGAGACUGUGAAAGAAAAACCUCAGGAAGAGCCUACAACCUGGACAGGUUACUUUGGAAAAGUGCUGAUGGCCUCUGCAAACUAUCUGCCCUCUCAAGUAACAGAAAUGUUCAACCAGGGCAGAGCCUUUGCUACAGUCCGCCUGCCCUUCUGUGGACACAAAAACAUCUGUGCACUUGCCACGAUCCAGAAGAUUCCUCGUUUAUUGGUGGGAGCUGCUGAUGGGUAUUUGUACAUGUACAACCUAGACCCCCAGGAAGGAGGAGAGUGCACACUAAUGAAGCAGCACAAGCUCGAUGGUAGCAUGGAGCCAGCCAACGAAAUCCUAGAGUCUGCAUCCCAUGACCGGCCAUUGGUAGCGCAGACAUACAGCGCCGCGGUGGCUAAAGCCUACACGGAUGACCUGGGUGCUGUGGGUGGAGCUUGCCUGGAAGAUGAAACCAACUCACUCAGAUUGGACGAAGACAGCGAGCAUCCUCCCAUGAUCCUUCGGACAGACUAAACUUUGACCUGUGAACUCACUCCUGAAGCAGAGAACACUGGCUUGAUGUUUCUUGAGGAAUCUCGUGUUAUGCUGCUAUGAACUUUGACAUGAGUUGGGAGAGAGGAUGACAGACUCUUACAGUUUUAAGUCGUAGCUGUAGUUCUAAUUCUAUACAAUUGGAAAAAUAUAUGGUUUUCAAUUCAGUGGCUUUUAAUCUUGCUUAUCUAUUUUAGCUGUGUUUAUUUUUUUUUGUUGCCAAAACCUGCUGUCUGUGCAGCCCUCAGAGCCUCUACUAGCUUUGCAUGCGUUCAUGUGCCAAGCAAGCAUAGGAGGGGGAGAGAGAGAAAGAGAGAGAAGCCACUUUAUAACAAACCCAAGUUUGUAUUUUUUUUAUAUAUGUACAUAAUAUUUAGCUUAUAUAAGGAAGGAGUAGAGAAGUGGUUCUGGAAGCUGAGACUAGUUCUGCACUGACAAAGGUCCAAAUGGUUUCCUGUGCAUGGGCUUGCAGGCAUACCUAAUGACUGACAUGCAACCUUUCAAAUGCAAUGGCCUGAUUCUUAUUUUUUUGGGGUUCUCCCUCCCCUUUCCUGGACCAUUUUGUUAAUUAAAAUUCCUUCUGAAUGUUGUGUAUUUGUGGGACUGUUCUGUUUGUUGGGGUGGAAAACUGGAAUUGUUUCCCUGCAUGAGGAUAUAGGUAAAGUGCCUUGACAGGGAAGAAAAGGAAUUGCUGCAGGAAGAAAGCUAGAAGGAGGGAGUAAUUGCUAGAGACUCUAUGUCCACCUCAGCACUUGGGUGUCUAUAGCCCAUAGCGGCUGAUAAGCUCGUGAGUUUAAGGAAGACUUGGGAUGCACUUUCUUUCUUCUCUGUAGAUUGUGUUAUUUCCUUGGCAGAGUAGCAAUAACCUUUUUUUAUACUUUUUUAGUUAUCCAAAGGAAGGAUUCUGUUGGGCUGGAGGGAAGUCGCUGCAGAGCGCCACUCCUUCACCAGCCUUAGGUUUUCAGCUGGAAGGCACAGCGCUCAGUUCUUACUGAGUUCUCUCCAGGCUGGGGCUGAGUGUACUGCUCUAAUGCUGAAGGGUCGUGAUUUGUUUUUUCUUUCCAGAUACUGAUGUAAAUAUAAAUGACUUUGCAGGAUUGAUGUUCUUCUGGGCUGUCUUCUGAUAGAUUACAGUGCUUUUUUUGUUUUCUUUUGUUUAUGGUGUUAUUUCCCCUUUCAUCAGAGUACCUCUUGUGAUACACUCCAAGGACUGGUUGUCUCUUCAGCGGUUUUGGAAUAAAUCUUUAACUGCCCUGACCCUGGGUAGGGUUUUCCAAGGCUGAGCAGUGCUGCAGACUAUUUUUAGGGUUGUAACGUGCCUUCUCUUAUGUCUUGGAUAACAGUUAGGGAGCAACUGAUUAGCAGAGUACUUGGUGAGUGUUACUUUUCUUUGCCAAAAUGAACCUGCUUUACCUUCUGUGCAGCAAUGGGGGUUGCUUCCUUUCCCCUCUCCUGGCUGCUUGCAAAGAAAUAAAACUAAAAGCAGACAAGGAAAUUGUAGGUCUUGAGAGGAGGGCAGAGAAGCUGAGUGCUGCAGCUACAUGUGAAGUCCCCACCACAACCAGGCAGUGAUGUGCUGUUGGGGUUUGGUACUGUUACCAAGUCUUUUCUGGAGCGGUGGCAGGCGGUGGUCUCUGUUCCACAGCUCUGUGUGGGCAGGUGGGCUUCUCUUUCCUCUCAAGUGCAGAGGGUACUGCAGCCCCUGCCAGGAGAGCUGCCCACCUGGAUCAGUGAGGCUACAUCCAGUCUGUGUAAGUGGAAGGUGUUCUUACGUGAGCACAUGUGGGAGAGAAGGGAUCAGGCUUGUUUGUUCACUGGAAACCCUUGACUGUCUUAAGUAGCUGGCUGGAGUGGCUUGUGGGGUCCUCUGCAGAACACAGCAUGUUCAAAGCAAACCACUGAGCUGUGCUGAAAUCUCACUUGGUCUCUUGACUUCAAACUCUGGCUGAUGAGUUAAAUCCUGUGGUCUGGAGUUUUUAUUCUGUGGGUUUUUUAGUUAUUGCAAGUGCUAUCAGCUUUGCUGCAGAGCUCAUAACUGCAGAGUAAACUACAAGCCUUCAAGUAAAUAGAAGCACAGUGAGCUCUGUCUGGCAACCCAAAGCACCCAGGAGCUGUCAGAUGUCUGCUUCCUCCAGACUAAAGCUGGUAACAUUCCUGAUGGUAACGUACUUGGCAUAGACUCCACGAGUAGAGUGAGCAGUAACCAUGCCUGAGCAACACCCCUCUGCUGAGCACACAGGUUUUACAGCUCUUGAGUGUAAAAAAGGCUGUGUUACAUACUAAGACAUACCCUGUAAUGUGAUUAGUAAGUUACUGCUAAAAAAUGAGAACCUUUAUUGUACUGAUUUUACCCCCCUGUUAACCUUCACCCCUUGCCUUUCACAGGUGAGUAGUGGGCCCCUGCUGCAGAGCCUCACUCUGGCUGUUGAAUUGCUCUACCCUGCUUGGUUCACUCCAAAUGAGAAGCUAGAAGCCAGUUAAAGUAUCUUUUUGUUGUUGUAACUGGGAUAAUCUUUUUAGAGAGCAAAAGUGUUAAUAUUCUGGGGUUAGUGACCAGCAUGGAGAUAACAGGGUGGAGUUAGGUGGCUUCUGCUCCCCACCGGUACGUUUAACAGUGGUGGCAGUAGUUUGUCUCAAGUUCCUUGCAUGAGGAUAUAAACUUCUCAGAUAAAACAUGGCUAGUACCAUUUCUCUCUGAUGGCCACAGGCCCUCAGUAACCACUCUGCUGUGGUGUGCUACCAAAGUUAGAAGCCUUUCAGGUUGGGGUUUCAUCCCGAUGACACAAAGAUUUUAUUGUUUCUUUUGUUAAACACACCAGAAAUGGUGUUUGCAGCCGCAUCCUCACCCGGAUACUGAGCCUGUGAUCACACUGUUGUGUUCUGUGGAUCAGGUGCUGUCUGAACAUUUUGGUUCUGCUGGUCUCAACAGCCCUGGGUUCCCCAGGGGAAGGCCAGGAGGCUCCCUGUGGUGUGGCCGUGGGCUUCAGAUCAUACCGUAUGGGGACACCUGUACAGCCCCCCUGGUUUUAGACUGACCUUCUGUGGAAGGACAGUGUUUGUUCUGGGACAAUGUUCUGUCUCUCUGCACUUCUUGAUAGCUUUGUAACUCAGUGCAGGGUGGGCUGCAGAGAUAGGCAACUGAAAUAACCAAAGCUGGGGAGGAGGCAAACGUUUAGAAACUUGGUAUCCUAAACUCAGGUCUUAGAAUUGCAGUGGGAUGUGUUCCCAGUGAGUCCUGUGGGGAAUGAGCUGUGUCUCUUGAUGUGCAAAUAGGUAGUGUGUGUGUAUGUACUCUGCUGCUGUCUCCACGUCUCUCUUUACCCUACUUUGUAUUUCAAGUUCUGAGGCAGAAAGCUUUUAUCUGCUCUGGUCUCUUCUCAUGUCACUGUUUCCAAAAUAGAAGUGAUAGAUACAAAUCUUAACAGUUAAAAGCCCGGGCCUGGCAGAGGAGGAGGAAGUAAAAAGCAGAAAGAAGUUAGUGAAAGCUGUUUGUCCCGAGGUCCAGAUCAGCAAAAGUUUGGGUGAGUGCUGCCUCUGGGAUGGGCGUGCUCAUGUGUGUGUGUGUGUGUGUGUCCCUCAGCUCCAGGCCCUGCACUACAGAGGUUCGGGGGCCUCUUUCUGCAGAGGGUGCAGGUAGAUGGGGAUGGCUUUUCAUGUCUGCCUGAGCACAGAUGAGUGUCUGAGAAGGCUGUUAAUACAGGGACAGGCCUCUCCGCCAAGGAAACCCUCAUCUGACUGAUGGGUAGCAGCAAAAAGGGAGCAGAGCCGCCAGCUCAGGGGGCAGGUUAGCCAAGAGGCCUGGGAAGCAGAGCACUGUUCCAUCCCACGCUGUGCUUUCUUGGCUCUGAUAGUGGCUUCAGCACCAGAGCAACAUGCAGUCAGUCAGAGGGCAGGGUUUCCUUCCCCGUGGGUCGCUGAGCCGCUCAGAAUUCCCCUCGUGUGUGCGGAUGCUGCGCUGCUGUUUGCAGAGCCACGGGAGCCUUUGCCCGAAGCGUUGGGGGGGAUUUGGCAGAAGGUUGGGCAGGAUCUUUUUUCUGUGCUCCAGCUGUCCUGGCUGACAGUUGCCCUGAUGUCACCUGUUGACAUCUGAGAGCAAAGCAGAGCCUCUUGUCCACACGUGCAGAGCAGGCCUUUGUUUGGCUGCAGUCUGUGCUGCACCUUGCAAGGCUGGCGGUGAAGGAAGCACGGCUCUGACUGUAAACAAAUCCUCUGAUUCCCUUUGCACAGCCAAAGGACUUCAGCAGAUCCCUGGGUUUCUAACUGUAACUUGCCUUCCUUUUAACGCCCUUCAGGCUGGCAAGUCUCACCUCACACUGCCUUGGGAGUAAUGGACCAGGAGUUUUGCUGGUGGCUGACAGUGAUGUGGGUUGUGCCCCCGCACGUGUCCCACUCAGGAGCAGGGAGCCCUUCCCCAACCUGUAGCUCUGGGUUUCUAUGGAGUGUCCACUCAACCCUUUGUCUAAUUGGAUCUAUUUGCUCUCGCAUUUGCUUCCUCACCUGGGAAAAACCACCCCAAACCAACCCUGCAUCCUGCAGUGCUCACUCGCUCUGUUCAAUGGCUGUGUCAGUAAGUGGAAGAAUCUGUCUUAACAUUCCACCUCACCAAGUGUCUGGCUCUCCCUGCUCACCCAUUGCUCUUUGUAAUUUUAUAACUGCCUAAACAAUUAAAUCUGUGUUGUGAUAAGUAU